GCCUCCCUCUACUCCACACUUGUUCUGCUUUUGUUCGCCACGUCUAACAAACUACAUACAUCUGUCAGAGAACAGCAGAAACAAACUGGAGAAAAAAUGAGUACAAAAAAUAUAGUUUUAUCAAGUUGUGUGAGGAGAAAGAAGACACAGGAGAAUAACAGCAGAGAGGGAAGUUUUACCGGCUUUAGUUUGGGGAAUCCCAUAACCACAACUCCUUUACCCGAAGUUUUACUGGCCAAGAAAGUGCACAAGGCAGAUACUCUCAGCAGAGUUACAAACAUCAGUUCAACAGAGAGUGAGGAGAGCAAACCUUCAUUUACAUUCUCAGCAGUUCAGCCAAAGUUGGAAUCUCAAUGGAGAGAAGUGGAUUGGACAGAAGAGCAAAGGACGAGCCUGAUGAAGACGAUCAGCUCCCACAGACCGAGCUGUGAGGAGGUGACUCAGACUCGGGUUCUCCUCCUGGGCCCGGUCAGUUCUGGAAAGUCCAGCUUCAUCAGUUCAGUCCAGUCUGUGUUUAAUGGAAGAGUCACCAACCGGGCCAUGGUGGGCUGCUCCUCAACCAGCUUCACCAAGAAGCUACAGUCCUUCAACAUCCGUGGUCAGAAGGGAGAGGAUCCUACUGGACUGGUGCUGUGUGAUAUUAUGGGCCUGGGUGAUGGAGAAAUGACUGGACUGACUCUCCAUGACAUCCUGUCUGUCAUUAAAGGCCAUGUACCUGAGGGACACAAGUUUAGCCCAGAUCAGCCAGUGAGGUCAGAGACUUCUGGCUAUGUGAAGAGGCCAAGUCUUAAAGACAAGAUCCAAUGUGUGGCCUUUGUGGUGGAUGCCUCCAAAAUCUCGACCUACCCCAAAGGCCUCAGGACCACUUUCCAACAGCUCAGAGAGCACAUCAGUGACCUGGGUGUUCACCAGGUGGCUCUGCUGACCCACGUAGACAAGAUUUGUUCAGAAACGGCCAAAGAUGUCACCCAGGUUUACGAGAGCCGCAUCAUUCGGGACAUGAUGGGUAAAGCUGCAGCUCUAUUGGGUAUGUCCACCUCCUACAUUGUCCCGGUGAAGAACUACUCAUCAGAGUUGGACCUGGAUGUGAACACUGAUGUGCUUCUGCUUAGUGCUGUCGACCACAUCCUGCAGUAUGCUGACCUGUAUUUCCAGGACAAUACACAAAACACAGGGCUAAAGUCAGAUUUCUGAACCUUUGCAAUAUGCCUUUCUAAAAAUUUUAAGAAAGUCAUUUUUCACAAUUGAAUAAUCAUCUUCAAUUAAUUAAUAAUAAAGUCCAUGGGUGUAGGAUCUGAAAAUGUCUGUCCUCAGUGACUCCGAGUUAUAAUAUUAAAGCUAGAAUCACAUAUUACAUGUAGGGGAUUUAAGCUGCCUUGUAAAACUGUACUUUUUCAUAAUGUUUUUAAUUCUAAUCAACACAUUUUUAUAACUCGGAAUAAAAUCAGCUGCCUGUAACAUCUUA